GGAGGGGGGUGGAGGCGGAAGUGGCGGCGCCGGCCCGGGGAGUAGGAAGGAGCCGGGGCUGCAGCGCGAGUGGAGCGGCUGCCAGCCGAGGAGCAGGCGCGGCCGCGUCGCCAUAUUGCGGCCCUAAGCGGCCGCGACCGAGUCAUGGCUGAGACCUACGACUUCCUCUUCAAAUUCCUGGUGAUUGGCAGUGCAGGAACGGGCAAAUCAUGUCUCCUUCAUCAGUUCAUUGAGAAUAAGUUCAAACAGGACUCCAACCACACAAUCGGCGUGGAGUUUGGAUCUCGGGUGGUCAACGUGGGUGGGAAGACCGUGAAGCUACAGAUUUGGGACACAGCCGGCCAGGAGCGGUUUCGGUCGGUGACACGGAGUUACUACCGAGGGGCGGCUGGAGCCCUGCUGGUGUAUGACAUCACCAGCCGGGAGACCUACAACUCGCUGGCCGCCUGGCUGACGGACGCCCGCACGCUGGCCAGCCCCAAUAUCGUGGUCAUUCUCUGUGGCAACAAGAAGGACCUGGACCUGGAGCGUGAGGUCACUUUCCUGGAGGCCUCCCGCUUUGCCCAGGAGAACGAGCUAAUGUUCCUGGAAACUAGUGCUCUCACGGGUGAGAACGUGGAGGAGGCUUUCCUGAAGUGUGCCCGCACCAUUCUGAACAAGAUUGACUCAGGUGAGCUUGACCCCGAGAGGAUGGGCUCCGGCAUUCAAUAUGGUGACGCCUCCCUUCGGCAGCUGCGGCAGCCUCGGAGUGCCCAGGCCGUGGCCCCUCAGCCCUGCGGCUGCUGAGACCUGCAGAGCCAGCUCACCCGUUCUCCAGGACCAGCCCUGUCCUUCUGGCUGGGGCCCAGACCCAGGCCCUGGGAGGCUGAGCCCCUCACCUGACCUGGCCCCAGAGAAGCUGCCCCGCCACCUGUCCCCCUUCCCUGGCCUGGUGGGGCCUGGCUGAGGGGCAAGAUUGAGCCACGGGGGAAGGGGGAAUCCGUACCUGCUGCUGCUUCCUCUGUCUUGGCUAACCCCUCUUCCCCCUGAACCCCUAACCAUACUCAAAGAGUUUCCAAAGCCCGAGACCAGGGCCAUUUGGCCUCAGCUCCCCUGGCCCUGCCAUUGCGAGUAUGUGUUAUUUAUUACCUGGAGGCCUGUCCCGUCCCCACCCCACCUCCAUAAAGCAUUGUUUACACCUG